UCGAUUCUUUUGAACGGAUCGUUUCAUAGCGCUAGCCCAUCUUUUGGUUAGAAUAAAGUUCUUAUUUGGUUACGUUAUGGAAACGUUCUGUGUUUGCUGACACCAAUUAUUUUACAUCAUAUUUACAGCUGAUUUACUGGAGGAUUCUGUUUGUUCGCGCCCCCUGCUGGUCCAGUUUUGAACACAAUGACGUCACCUGUGGAACGUGAGGAACUGAAACCGAUCUGAGAUCAGGCUCAGGUAACGCGACACCUGAACACUAAUGGAGAAAACUGUGAUCAAAUACAGACACUGUGGAAGAGACGUUUACAGUUUCUCACAUCUAGAUGCCCCAUAUUCUCACCGAACCGAUGAUUCCGAGCGUCAGUGUCCGAUCUGUCAUCAAACUCGAACAUUUGGACUUUUAGACGCACCUGUUGCGCUUCCCUGCCCGUUUAGAAAUGGACACAAAGUCUCAUGUGCGUUUCUCAUAGGAUCUAUUCACGGACCAUCAUAUCUUGGAGAAUGGAAUGACACAGAGAUACAUGUGGGGCUUUCGAAUUCAGAAGGUCUGGUGUAUAACUACACCCUGUCAGGGGUCCGGAGAGACGCUCAUGGCUGGGAACAGUGUGUCUGUGUGCAGCUCGUCCCUCCAGAGAGACGGGACCUCAGGGAAUCAUGGGACAGCGAGCUGGAGCAGUUCUCUGUUCUUCCAGAAUGGAUUCCAGAGCGGUUCUCUGAGGAGCGAGCGUUUGGAUCGUGCUGUUACGGUUUCGCUCUGACCUUCAUAAACCACAUGCGCUGGUUGGAUGGGAAAGCGUCUCUGAGCAGAGAUGAGUUCACUGGAUGUCAUGUUUUACCCAGAAUGAAGACAGUGUCCCGAUACAUCAACAUCUAUCAUGCAAUAUUACAACAUGGAUUUUACAUAGCAAAUACACCGGAUGACAUGUGAUACCGGAACACGUGUUUUAUUACGGAUGUUUGCACAUGUACACAGUAUUGAUUCAGAGAGGAGGGGGGCCUUGGAGUAAAAAGGGUUGUCAACAUGUCACUUUGACAUUAAAAUAUGUUAUUAGAGUAAGAAUCUAAUCUCAUAAGAUUAAUCUAAUAAUGUUUUUAAUAUGCGAUUUUAAUGUAAGAAGAAUAAAUUUGGAACAUUAAUUCACAGUAACAACAAGAUUGUAUUUAUAUACCAGUUAAUAAUGUGUUGCGUGAGUCUUCAGUGCAUGAGUGUAUGAAUAUCUGUGUUUUUAUGUGAAUUUGCUUGUGGGUGUGUGAAUUAUAUUUAUUGUAUUUUUUUUAUGUUCUUAUUUACUCUCAUUUCAAAUGUAAUUAGCAUAAAACUUCAUUUGCAUUCAUGAAAGAUUAAAUAAUUCUAUUUUG